GUGUGUAACUUUUAAUUUAUUUUGGAGGCAAAGAAAGUUAAUAUGGAGUCAAAGAUCAGAUUUUUCCAUCUGGGCACGUUUGAAUCGUAUCAUGUAUUGCAUAAACAUCCGUACAAGUCUCCUUGUAGUUGAAGUAGUUUUUUAAUAUUGUGUUCUUGGGCUGGGGUUUGUUUGUAUCCUAUGGGGGAUGGUGAUGAUGGGAAGAGGGAUUUAAGAGUUACAAAUAUGGAGAAUCUUUCUUUGGAGAUUACAAGAAAUAGAUUUUCAAGGGACCUGUUGGAGAGGUUUAUGGGUAGUAGUAGUGAAUACGAGGCAGCGAAAGAGAAGGAUGAGGAGAUUGAGUUGAAUCUGGGGUUGUCAUUAGGGGGCCGAUUUGGUGUAGACAAGAGUUUUAAGAAGUUAGUGAGGUCCUCUUCUAUAGCAGAGUGUUUACCAUUGGUGAGAGAAGAUAAUGAUGCGGUGACACCACCGGUCGCGUGUAAUAGCCUGGUGAGGACCGCUUCAUUGCCUGUAGAGACAGAGGAGGAGUGGCGGAAGAGGAAGGAGUCACAGACCUUGAGAAGAAUGGAGGCUAAGAGGAGGAGGUGGGAGAAGCAGAGGAUAUUGAAGGGUGACAAAGAAGGCAGCGGCAGUGGUGGUGGAAAUUUGAUUUUGGAGGAGAAGAGAGAAAUUGAGGUGAAUUUGAGGGCGAAAUUAGGUAGAGAUAAGUGUUUGGCUGCUGCGAAAAGAUGGUCUGGGCCGCCAGUACGACUGUCUUCAUGGACUGCUGCUUCUGCUAGACAGGCUCUUCUUGGAGGUGGGAUUGAUGUAACAGUGCCGAAAGGGAAGGGUAGUGGUGAGAUGAAAGGAUCCGUGCAACAAACGUCGCAAGGGUCGUUGGAAUCACAAGGGGGGAGCUCUUCAAGCAUGUCUGAACUGGAGAGUAAACCUCUUCAAGGUAUUUCAAUUUUUCCCUUAUAUUUAGUUAUUUUCCUGUUUAAUCAAAUAAUGUGAAAUUCCUUUCGAACUCUAAUGUGAUUACUAUAUGUAUAUUUAAGUUUCAUCUAGAACUAACUAGAGAUUUCCUUGUUUGAGUUAUUAUUGUUUUUUUUAUCCUUUUUCUCUGGCAUUUUUCUCAGAAAUUUGUAGUUUCUAUUGACAUUUCUUGAGCAAUAACUAGCAUUUUGUUAUUCUUGAAAUCUGUCUUUGGAAUGAUGUUUGAUAUUAACGGGCUGCGAUUCGUAUUUGAGAUAACUGUUUGACUUUGUUUGGUGGCAUAGAACUAGAGUGUUGAAUUGGAAUUUAAGAAAAUCAAUCCAAAUUUAAUCUAAUUGUUCUAAGUCCAACUUUGAAUCCCUUAUUAUAUACUAAAUUGGUAACAAAAUGUGGCCUCGAUUUUCAUUUAGGAUUUGAGUAAUAUGAAUAUCAGCUAACUGUGCUUUCUGAAUGACAUAGAUGUAUUACACCGUUAUUCAAUUUUGCUUACUACUAUGCUCUGUGAUUUAGGAUGAGUUCUUAGUAUACAUCUUACUUUUCUUUUUGAGAUUUUGCAUCUUCAGUCUUUCUUAAUUCCCCCAAUUUCUGCCUACUGUCCUCAUUUUAUAAUUUACAUGCCAUUGUUUUCCCUGUGUAAUUUGAACACCUCUUUAGGAAGUGUAAGAUGUUACUCUGUAGCUUCUUUAUUGAUUCUACCAUUAUAAUUCAAUUCUGCUGCUUAUGCUAUCAAUUCUUCAUUUAGCUAAGGUUAGUAAGGUUUUUGGAACUGAAACUUCUGUGACUAGAAUGUAUGUAAAAUGAGUGCUACUUGUGUAGAAGAAUUUAUUUAAUUAGAUAAAUGAAGAGUUGGUGAUAUUGAUGACUUAUUGCUUCGUUGAAUUAAAAAACAUGUUGACAUAUAGAAGGAUAUUUUUCAAUUGGGAUUGGAGUUUACAUAGAAAUCAGCAGAAUUGGAGGAGUUUAAGUCGGUAAACUUGUAUGGCCUCAGAACUGAUCUCUCUAUAGAGAUAAAUAUUGAGCAGAUUAUGCAAGAGGAAACCUUGCGUUCUUCUGGGUAUUUUUACUUAAUGAUUGAAUCUUUACUGAAUCUUGGCUGUCCUUUACAGAUUGUUUUGACAAAAUGUUUUGUGAAUGCAUUCCACUUAUUUUGAUCGGCCAACAUAAUUCUAACAUUAUCUGGAUAAGAUCACAUUAAAUAGAAGGGCCAUUUCGCUUAAUGCAGCAAAUUUCAUUGAUAUAUUUCAUUGUACUCAUGUUGAUUCGUUUGUUUAAAAAAUCAUUGACUUGUCCGCUAUAGUUCUUUGAAGAUAUAUAUAUAUAUAUAUAAACAGCAUUGGUUGUGAAUACGAUGUAGCUAGGUUGGAUCAUAGCGUUCAAGAAAGUUCAUAGCUAGCUUUUGAAUAUAAGGCAUACUUUUGUUUCUAUAUUAAGUUUGGAUCUGUGAUGAGUAAAAUGAUUGUAACAUUGUUUCUAUAUAUUGAUGUUCAUCAAUACACAACACAUUUAUGGUUCUAGAUCGCUUUGGCCCUUCAAUUUUUAGUUUGAGGCUCUAGGCACUGAUUUCUGGUCAUUAACACAUUUACUGUUAUAAAGAAGCAUAGGGUGCUAGAAUCUUCAGUUACCAGUUUUCUGUUGAUAUUCUCUUGUAUGCACUUUACCUAUUUCCGUGUUGAUGCAUGUGGAUUUUCACCGAGCGGUCUUUACCCGUCAAUCUUAAUCUGACCAUCUUGAAUUUCUGGUUUUCUUUUUUCUCUGGGAAAUUCCUUUUGAUAAAAAAGUUUCAAUUUGUUAUAAUCUAGGUUAACCUAUCAGAACUCAAGGAAAAGGUUGCAUCUUUGGUAUGAAUCCUCCCAAUACAAAAGAAAACAGUGAGAAAACUUGAAAAAGGGACAUAUUGAAAAAAUGAGAAAAAACAAUAAUAAUAGGAGUAGAAUGAAAGAAACUCUUUCACAAGCAUACACUUGUGAUGCUUAUUUUUUGGAACCUGAAUCUGUACCAUAAAGAUAGUUCGUUAAGUCCAUGUAAUUUUGUUAAUGUAUUGCACCCAUCAAGGAUCGAGGAUUAUCAUAUUAUGAAUGUAACCUUAUGAUACUACAGGCCAGGCAACUUCAUAAAAUCCUGUUUGAUAAGUUUAUUGUUGGUAGGAAGGAUAAUGUUGAGAAUAGCUCAGGUAAGUACCUCUAAUGAGCAUACGGGAUUGGACAGUAUAAUGAAUAAUAUUUAACUUCUUUUUCUUACUUAAUACUAUCCAAUUCUUUAUACCAAAUGUGGUAGUGGUGCAGUGAAGCUUAAUUCAAGUGGAUAUUGGCAGGUAUUAGGUUAGUGUAAUGUCCAUAUGCAGGUGUGAAAAAGAAAAGUUCUCGACAGCCGCAUCAGCGUGAAAUUGUUAGACAAGUAUACGGUAUACCUUGAACAACAAUAUGCAGUUGUCUAUGGUCAUGUGAAAUUGUUUUGGAUCAGGCAUGCCUAUUAAUGAAAUUAUGCAAAAUACUAUUUUGAAUUGAGGCUAGAAAAACAUAUUUCCAAACCAAUGUUAGGAUAAAGAUAUAUGUAUCUACCUUCUUGCUGAAGUGCUUGAUUCGCUUUUGAAAUGAGAUAUAUUCAUAAGAGUUUCAA